CAUGUUUUUAUGACUGUGACUCAGUGUGUUCACGUUGCUGCAGUAAUGUGUUGGUAAUGUGUCAUUUAUAGGGGUUUUUAUUCUGUCCUCACUGGGCUCCUUUACGCACAGUGGCUCAGUGACAGCGAGCGCAGCCUCAGGCCUUAUAUAUUUACUAACAUACACGGAAUUACGAGAUUAACCGACGUUUAACGACGCUGUCAACGACACGGUUCUGUAAAUGCGCUGUAAUUAUUUGCAGUUAUUAAGGACGUCUGUUUGGAUAAAACCAACAGACAGUGCGUCGUUGUUGCAGAUCACUGUUUUCGCUUAUGACGGCGUUGACCGAUUACAUGGCGUCUAAAUUUAGCACUGGGCAACGUGAGAAUGUAACGGCUUAUGUGACAGUCUGCAGCCGUUAUUAAAUUGUAUUUUAAAGUAUUUAGAAAUGUGCUAUUUAUUAGCACAGUAGACUGCAGUCCUCCAGACUCGCUGGUGGUCUUGCAUUAAGGAGUCGGCAAAACACAUGUGAGGUGAGAAUGUUGACUGUGUAAGCAGAGGCGCUCCGAGAUACUCUAGGUCCGAGGGUUCCCCACAUCAGACCAGACCACCUUACAUUUAAAACACGUGAGGGACAACCAAAAGUAAAUGAAGGGGUUACAUUUUUAGUGUUGCCUCCAUUCAUUAAACUUGAGUAGAGAAUUGAUCUCUGGGAUAACCCAGUGCCUGAACAUCUAUGUCCAGAAUCUUAUGCCACAGAUUCAUACUGUUAUACUUUCUAUACCAAUUUGCUGAUGGAAAAAAACAUAAACUUGGAAACAGAGAUGUUGUAUUAUAAAGAUUCCAAACUAGACAUUAUGACCACGCAUGUCACACAUAACGUAAAUUAAUCUAUAGUUCAGAUUGCAGGCCUGAAAAGAUUACAUCAAGAAAGUAUUUCAAAAUGUUCCUCUUCCUGGUCUGGUCUGGUCUGGUCCGAUCAUCCAAAGGGACGCUUGCGUGUCUACUGUAUGUGUUUGGACAUAUUGCUAAUGUAAAGCACUGCCAUCGUUUAUCCUGUCUCCUCAAAAAUGAGCUCAAAAGUCACAGCCAGAAAUGUUAAUGUUAAAUGUUGCUCCAUAUUGGAAACACUCUUAUUUUGAUUUAUUGCUAGUCAUAAAUCCCUUUGCUGAAGGGAAAAAAAAAUAUCCACAGCUUUUGGAUAUGUACAGUAUAUUGCUAUCCUUCUGCAGUACAUGAUUGGUUGUGUACUUAUGUAUUUGAAACAGGACUAGCAGUAUACAAAAGAUUAAUUUAUAGUAGGGUAUGAUUGUUGAACUUUAGGCUAGAUUGAUCUUAACAUACAGUAUGUCAUAAAAAAGCAGCAGCAGGUGGCUGUUGGAGUCGUCUAUACAGAAGGCAUCAAACUGCAUCAUAUGAACGUUUACUUUUUGUGAACACUGGUGAUGAAUUUAGCUGUACUUACUUAUGUAACAUACAGUGUUUUUAAAAGAUGUUGAAAUCCAGUGAGUUUCACUAGUGUCGCUUUUUAGUAUAACUUUUAUAAUUGACAGAAAAUUACUCAUGUCUCUUUGAAAUCUAAUUAUAAUUGUAAAUAUUUGGGGUGAACCAUGAGUGCACCGGCUUCUAUUUGCCUUUAUGGUAACUUGCAUUUUGCACAGCUGUUUCACACAAUUCAGAUUUUACUGUCAGUGGAGCAAUCCUCAGGCCAUUUGUUUUCCCGCCCAUUGCCUAAAUCAGCCCAACCCCUCACUGUUGCACUUGGUUUCAUAACGCAGCCUCCUCUGUGUGUGGAGCCUGUUCAGCAGUCACUGGAGGAGUUGUAGCUGCCCUGCUGGAGUCUGUUACAAAGGAGAGGAAGGGUCGUGGCUGUUACUGUCCUGUCUCCACCAGCCUUUUCCGUCAGUUGCUGGCUUCUCUGUCGACAGCGAGAGAAGAGACGAGUCAUUCAUUACAGCUUUUACUGGCGUAUGUGGCCUCCGUCAGCAACCACACAGAGCCAACAUGCAGGAAGAGUCUAAUCAAAGAAGAAUGACAAUGGAUUUUUCACAACUGCACACAUACACGCCGCCGCAGUGUGCUCCAGAGAACACCGGCUAUACCUACUCUCUCAGCUCCAGCUAUUCUACAGCAGCCCUAGAGUUUGAGCAGCAGCACCAGAUAGCUCCCGUGUACGAGUCGCCCAGGAUGUCACGGCGGAGCCUGCGUCUGCAGAACAGUGGCAGUCACUAUGGCAACGAGAGCCUGGCUGAUUACUCCCACAGCACCACCAGCACCAAGAGAGAAACACGGACGUUACGGAGCAGGAAGCAGCAUUCCAGCUCCAACACACUGUCGUUGUCCCUCGGUCAAGCUGCCACGCCAAUGAAAACCCUCUCCUUCUCAGCUGUCAGUACCCCUAUUGACAGAAGCAGCAGCAACAUUCAUGAAAGCAGCGUUGUGUCCGGUGACGCCCUUCACAGCUCCACCUUGGACCAGUCCAGUCGCAGAAGACGCACUGUCACCACCAAAACAACCACCACGACUUCUAUGUUCGUGGAUGGACAUUGGGAGAAAAGCUCCAGCGCUGACCACAGCUCAACAAAUGUAAACGGUGAGACCAGAGUGUUGGAGUCUCACACCCAGCUCGCCAACGGUUACAUCUGCAAAGACUGCUCAUUACACACUCAGGAGAUGGACUCGCUCAUCACGCGGUCUGCCUUGUCCUUGUCGUCAUCAUCUUCAUCAUCAUCUAAGGCUAUAGAAGCUUCCACCAACAUCUUCUCCUCUCCGGCCUCACCUGCCACCUGUAUAUACUCCCACGACCGGAGUCGGAGGAAGAAGACAGGUGUCCUGACGUCCGUGUCUAACACCUGUUUGCGCUACAGCAAACGAGCCGUGGCCCCUGUAGUGUCUUUAGUCUCCUUCAUCUUCAGCAGUGUGCUGUGGCUGGGCUCCAGGACCAGGAGCCGAUCAGGAAAAGGUGUUGUUACGUCGUGGUCAGACUCCAUGAGACAAGUUGUGUCCUCUGGUGUUUCCCAGCUGUGGCUGCUAAAGCAGACCACGUUCCACAGGAUAAGGCGCUACACAGCUAAUGGCUUUGAAGGACAAGCCCACUCCAGUUUCUGUGGAAGCAUGAACGUCCGGGACCUGGUGACGGAAGAUGCAUCGAAUCUGGACCUGAACGGUUCCCUGUGUGAUGACUGUAAAGGGAAGCAGUAUACAGAGACACACACUGUCCUCCUCAAAAAGUCCACUAGGCGUCAGCGCCUAGUGGAGGCGCUGUGGAGCAUCUUAGCUUACACAGGUUACUGUCUCCUCCAACCAGUACACUGCGUCAUUAGAGCAGCUAGAGUCGUGGGUUCAGGGGUCGCCACAGUGGCACAGAAGCUGCUCUCAGUGUUCUGGGUUCUCCUGUCAGCUCCAGAGAAAGCAGCCCGGGGACUUGUGUGGUUUCUUGCUACAGGAUGGUAUCAGCUGGUGUCCUUCGUGUGUCUCCUCAAUGUCUUUUUUCUGACACGUGUGCUUCCCAAACUCUGGAAGCUCCUGCUGCUCCUUUUACCUCUGCUGCUCCUGCUUGCUUUAUGGUGGUGGGGUCCGUCCGCUGCUGCCCUUUUUGCCUACCUCCCUGCCGUUAACAUCAGUGCAUGGCGUCCUGCGUCUCCUUUCACCCUCUUGUCUAACUUAAUGCCAGCUUCUGCUCCAGUUCCCGUCUCUGUUCCCAGUCCAGAGGCUCCACUGGACCAGACUCCAGCCACCCCAGUCUCACAUCCACUGCCGAUGCCUCCGCCUGGAGCAGUCUUCACUGUAGAUAUGGAACGCAUUGAAAAAAUAGAGCGUCAGCUAGCUGCGCUGUGGAAGCAGGUCCAGGAUGGGGGUGAGAAGCAGGACCAGCGCCAUGUUGACAUUCUAGUUCUCUAUAACACCUUAAAGGAUCAGCUCCACACUCAGACAGACAGGGAGAGUCUGGGACUGUGGGUCUCCUCACUGCUGGAGCAGAGGCUUGGAGUUCUGCACGCUGAGCUGGAGAAGGAGAGCAGCGCCAGGUCAAAGAGCACCUCAGAGCAGAAACAGCAACAGGAGGGUCAGGCAGCACGGCUGGCUGAUUUAGAAACACUGCUCACUGCUCUGGCUGCCAAGACUCAGGAGGUGCAGCAGAAACAGCAGCAAUUUGAGCAGGAGAAGGAGCAGAAGGAGAAAGAAGUUGUCGUUCCAGCAGCAGACCCUGCAUCCAUCAGUGUGGGUGUGCAGCAGGAGGACCAUGAUGCUCUGCUGGCAGAGGUGAAGAGACUAGAACUGGAGUUGGGUAAAAUCAAACAGGACCUGCAGGGUGUCGUGGGAUGCAAGGGCAAGUGUGAGCAGCUGGACAACCUGCAGCAGAUGAUCUCAGACCAAGUUUCGUCUCAGGUGCGCAAGGAGUUGCAGGCUCUGUUCUUUGGCAGUGCUGCGUCAGGACAGCAGCAGGGAGAGCUGCCUGAGUCUCUGGUAUACUGGCUGUCACAGCGCUAUGUGAACACGCCAGACCUGCAGGCCUCACUGGCUGAACUGGAACUGAGAAUCUUGAGAAACGUGUCCCUGCAGCUAGAUCUGAACCGAGCCCAGACCCUGGGUGAGGCCGAGUCUCAGGCCAAGAGCAUCAUCCAGACGGUGACUGGUACUGUCCAGCACACUGUCUCCUCUGAGGGACUGACAGAAGAGCAAGUGAAGCUGCUCGUCCAAAAUGCAUUAAAGCUCUACUCCCAGGACCAAACAGGUCUGGUAGACUACGCCCUGGAGUCAGGAGGUGGCAGUAUUCUCAGCACUCGCUGCUCAGAGACAUAUGAGACAAAGACUGCCCUCAUGAGCCUGUUUGGUCUGCCACUCUGGUACUUCUCUCAGUCUCCACGUGUUGUCAUCCAGCCUGAUGUCUACCCAGGGAACUGCUGGGCUUUUAAAGGCACUCAGGGUUACCUGGUGAUCCGGCUGUCCUUGAGGAUCCUGCCCACAUCUUUCUGUGUGGAACACAUCCCUAAGACAUUGUCCCCAACUGGAAAUAUAACCAGUGCUCCUCGCAACUUUACUGUAUUUGGUCUGGAUGAUGAAUACCAAGAAGAAGGAAAGCUCCUGGGAAACUACAUUUAUCAGGAAGAUGGAGAAUCGCUGCAAACUUUCCCUGUUAUGGAGCCAAACGACAAGACCUUCCAGAUCAUUGAGGUGCGAGUGCUGUCUAACUGGGGUCACCCGGACUACACCUGCCUGUAUCGGUUCAGAGUGCACGGAGAACCCAGACCUCAGUGAACCAACCACUACCAUAUCAACCUCUCUGUACAUAGCUCUUUCUCUAACAGUGGGUGGAGGAACUUGUUCAUACUUUGAAGAUGUUUUUUGUACGGAAGCCAUGGAAUGUUUAUAGAAUGUGUUCAGACUGAAGCAAGAACCUGUUUGUUUUUUUUAUUUUGUAAUUUUGGAGGAAUCACAGAGAAGACUACGCGAUGAUUGUUGAUGUCACAUUAGAGGAGUAGGACCAUGGAAAAAGCUCAUAUUCCCAUACCUUUUGUUUUUUGUAAAAGGCCACUUGCACUGAAACAGCCUGAGAGGGACCAGGCUCCACUAUAGCAGAUAAAUCCUUUGUCCCCUUUUGGCACCUCCCACUUCUACAGGAAGGUGUACGCCUGGAAAGAGGAAAUUGACUCAUCUUUGUUAUUUCUUCUCACUGCAUCUUGGUUAAACUUUUUUAUUCUUCUUCUGGUAGAAACACACAAUCCAGCCUCUCUGAGCUGCUGUCUGGUCAUGUUUGGUUUUUAAAUGCUGUCAGGUUCUAACAGUAACAUGAGGUGAUCAGUGUGACCGUCAUGCUGGACUGGAGCACAUGAACAUUUUUUGGCCUCAUGCAUAGCUAGAUACAGAUUUUUUGCUGCCUCUGGGAAUGCUCUAAAUGUUCUGAAAAAUUGAGUCUUGCUGCAAGUUAACUACACACCUUUAACUAAUGUUACUAGAACCUCCAAGCUGCUCCGUGUGUUGAGAGCAUUGAGUUCUUUACUUUUGUGACCAUUCAACAAAAUGUCUCUUUUUAAAAUUCUAGAUAAUGCACUAAAGCAUGUGGCUCCUCCUGAGAACCAUUCUGAUUGUCAUUAUUAUGUUCUGACAGUUUUAGACUUUCACAGAACUCUCAAAUUACAAAUCCAUGUAGAAUCAAAGGGCUGGGCGAUUAAAGGAUGAUGAAAUAAGCUAGUAUAGCAAUGCUUUGAACCAAACACAACUAUAAAAUGUAUGUCAGCUCCACCUUGUGUUGUGUGGCGCAUGUUUGUGCUUCACUUUUUAAAAUAAAAAAUAUAUUCCCAAUCGGAAAAAGAAUGUGAGACCCCUGGUGGGGCUAAGCUAGCUCAGCUACGAUUGAAGUCAACUGCCCAAACCAAAGUUUUGUCCCAUGCUGCAUUUGGUGUAAAUGAAAAGUUUACAAAAAAUGCAAAAGGAUUAAUGUUUGAAUGAUUUGGCCUCAAACAAAGUGUUAAAAUUUCCUGCUAGAGUUCACUGAUUAGGUGCACAGCAGAAGGCCUGUGUCAAUUGUAAUGCUUAUAAUAGUUGCAAAAACAGCAAAACAGAGUUGUGCUACGUCGCCCUCUUGUGGGAGAGCGAGGUUGAUGUCACUGCCGUGACUUAACAAUUUUCCCUCCAUUAUUGGACAAAAGAAAAAGUACCACGCUUUGUAGAAUGAGAGCCGAAGCAGGAGUGAGAGUGUGUGUGGAUGUGUAUGUGUGAAUGACACUGAAAUAACGGUCGACCUUUUUAAUGCUCUGCCCAAGUUAAUUCCUGAUUUACAGACGGUUUCCUACAACCUGGUGUGUUUUAUUUUUUUAAGUCUCUGUCUCUGUCCUCUACAUGUAACUAAACGUCCACCUGACAAAGACUCCCACUAUUCCCGAAGGAAUGUAAUCUGUACAUCUUGUCAUUGAUAGUCGACCCUUUAUAUCCGCUUUUAUCAGUGUUGCUUUAUCAUAACAGUUGGUGUAUUUUUAUUUACUGUUACUCAAUUUUUUGUUGUUUGCGUGUGGAGGGGUAGUAGUGUAUUAAAUGCACUGCAAUUACAUGUUAGAUAAAUGCUUGGCACGGGUCUUCACUACACAGAAUCAAUUAUGGUGUUUGCGUUGUCACUACUUUUUGGAGCAGACAGGAGUCUAACGUCUGAAAUGUCAUGUAUAAUGUUUAUUUAUUAACACGUCAUUUAGUUCCUGCAUUAUGAGUUACUGCGAUGUAUAUUUUGUGAAAAAAAAAGCUAUUCAGCACAUUUUGGAACCAUCUGGGACUUUUUGUAAGAUAAAUGGCUAUUUUUGUUCAGUCAUGAGAUGACUUAACUGCUUUGGAAAUAUUCCAAUAAAGACUUUAAUUUUGAAA